AUGAACCCAUCAAAGGAGGCUAGCAAGGGAGAGGAGAUUGACUUCACCGAAGUUAAUCUUCCUCUUAUUACUCCUCUUGCUGAGGACAUUCAAUUCCUCGCCGAUGACAUCGAGUUUAAAUCAACAGCGAAUUAUUUGAAUAGAAUAAAGGAGAAGAAGAGGAUCCCUUUCCACGCUUUACCAAGGAAUCGGGAAUUCAGAAUCUAUGGAGCGUCUAGGGUUCUUAUGAAGGAAGCAAGAGAAGCCUCGGAAAGGAACCGAUCUAACGUUGACGACCAUAGCAAGCGUAAAAAGGACAAUGAUUUGAGAGUAUGCACCUGGAACGUACGAACAUUGUACAGACCUGGUGCUGCUCAACAACUAGCAGAUACCCUCAAUAAAUGUAGGACUGACAUCACUGCUAUCCAGGAGAUGCGAUGGAUAGGACAAGGCUGCAUAAAGAAGAAGAACUGUGACAUAUACUACAGCUGCCAUCCAGAACGGCAUGAAUUUGGCUGUGGUUUCGUUGUAGGUGCCAGGCUGCGGCGCCGGGUCUCUCACUUUCGGCCAACAAACGAGAGAAUUGCAACGAUCCGAAUUACUGCCAAAUUCUUUAACAUCAGCCUGAUAUGCGCACAUGUCCCAACGGAGGAAAAGAACGAUGCCACCAAGGACGCUUUCUAUGCGGAGCUCGUCCGAGCUUAUGGCCGCUGUCCUUCCCAUGACAUUAAAAUUCUCCUCGGGGAUUUUAAUGCCAAGGUAGGACGAGAAGACAUCUUUGGUGCCACCGUCGGGCGAUUUAGUCUACAUGAGACCACCUCAAGCAAUGGUCUCAGAUUAAUAGGCUUUGCAGCUGCGCAUGAUAUGGUAGUUCGUAGUACUGGAUUCCGUCAUUUGGACAUCCAUAAGGCAUCCUGGCUCUCUCCCGAUCGACUGACCAGAAAUCAGAUCGAUCAUGUCGUGAUCGAUGCAAGGCACGCAUCUAAUAUACUCGACGUGCGAUCCUGUCGGGGUCCCAACAUCGACUCCGACCAUUAUCUUGUUGCAGCUAAGAUUCGCACACGGCUAUGUGUGGCGAAGAUUGCACGUCGAAGUGCGUUAAGAAGGCUGGACAUCGGAAAGCUGCAAUCACAACAGGCGAAGAAUGCAUUCUCCACUCACGUCUCGGGGCUAUUAAGCCGAGCACCGUCAAUAUCUGAAGACAUAAGCGAUAUGUGGGCGCUCAUAUCUCACUCCCUGCGAGCUUCGGCAGAGGAAGUGCUUGGACUCCAGCGUCCUCUAACAAGGAAUCCAUUGUCGAGAAGAAGAGACGAAAAACGCCUUUUCAGACGCAAGAAGAAAGAGCAGGAAAGGCGAGAGUGUGAGAGCAUAGAGAGCAGCAGAUGCAGAAAUGAAGCACGUAACUUCUACCAGAGGGUCAAGCGUCUGACCCAAGGAUUUAAGACUGGUGCAGUGGCGUGCAGGGACGAUGAUGGAAAUCUUGUCACAGAAGCAGAGGUCGUGCUGAGGUUAUGGAGGGAUCACUUCUCGAGUCUGUUAUCUGGCUCAAGCACAGACUCUGAAGACUAUGAUCCACGAACCCCAAUCUAUGGCACUGAUAUUGAAGUGCCAAUCCCAAGUCAUAUCGAAGUCAAGGAUGCAAUCCAACGGCUUAAAAACAACAAGUCUGCAGGUGCUGACGGCCUGCCGGCAGAAUUGUUUAAGGCAGCUGGUGAUAUGUUGGUGGGAAGCAUGCACCAACUAAUCAGUAAGAUAUGGCUCACGGAGAGCAUGCCCGAAGAUUGGAACCUCAGCAUGAUCUGUCCCAUCCUGAAGAAGGGUGAUGCCGCGGUGCGCACCAAGUACCGCGGAAUUAGUCUUCUUCCAGUUGCAUACAAGGUCCUAACGAGCGUAUUGUGUGAAAGACUGAAACCCCAUGCUGAAGCACUGAUUGGACCUUAUCAGUGCGGGUUCAGGCCUGGCAAGUCCACUGUUGACCAGAUUUUCACCUUGCGCCAAAUCCUGGAGAAGUCUUACGAAAACCAGAUCGACACGUACCAUCUCUUCGUCGACUACAAAGCCGCAUUUGAUAGCCCCCGGCGAGAUCGCCUAUAUGCCGCCAUGUCUGAGCUUGGUAUACCAGCAAAGCUGACUAGACUUUGCAGAAUGACAUUGAGCAACACCAUCAGCUCUGUCAAGGUAGGAUGUUGCCAAUCCGAAACCUUUACUACCAAGUGUGGCCUCAGACAAGGGGACUCGCUGUCUUGUAUACUCUUCAAUAUUCUAAUGGAGAGUAUAAUAAGAAAGGCUGGUGUACAUCGGACGGGCACGAUAUUAACCAACAGAUGUGUCCAGCUCCUUGGUUACGCUGAUGAUAUUGAUAUCAUUGGCCGCACCAAGCGUGAUGUCACAGGAGCCUUCGGGGCUAUUGAAAAGGAAUCAGCAAAAGCAAGACUAGCGGUGAAUAUGGAGAAAACAAAGUUUAUGGUGUGCUCUAGCAGAGAAUCGCGGCGUCUUGAUUCUCAGCUGACUGCAGAAAACUAUAGCUUUGGGUCCGUCAAGGAGUUUAUUUACCUAGGCACUGCUAUAACAAGCACAAAUGAUGUCAGUCUGGAGAUUAAGCGGAGAAUAACACUUGCCAACAGGUGUUACUUUGGGCUCAGUAGGCAGUUCAAUAGUAGAGCUCUCUCUCGACGCACAAAAACCACACUCUACAAGACGCUCAUUCUUCCAGUACUCCUAUAUGGUGCGGAGUGCUGGACAGUGACGCAGUCAGAUGCAGCUGCUCUUGGAGUGUUCGAGAGGAAAAUUCUUCGUAAAAUCUUUGGUCCAAUCUGCGUGGACGAUGUUAAUCGCAUCAGAUAUAACCACGAGCUGUAUGAGCUGUACGGUGAUGUUGACGUGGCCAAUCGAGUGAAAUCUCAAAGACUUCGCUGGCUGGGCCACGUUGCCCGUAUGGAUGAAGACGCUCCGGCUCGUAAGGUGUUUGAUGCGGUGAUUGUUGGGACACGAAGGAGAGGACGACCCCGAAUGCGUUGGCAAGACCAGGUGAUGGAAAACCUGUCCACACUUGGUGUUACCAACUGGCGAAGGCGCGCUCAGGACAGAGACGCGUGGAGGCACAUUGCGCUUCAGGCUGAGACCCGAUAA